CCAUGUUCUCAGCUCUGCUUCUAGCCCCCGGCAGACUCCCCCUUCCUCGAACCGUGGUACGAAGCCGAAGCGACGCGGGCCACUCGAUGUUGGCGGAUUGCAAACAAAAUGGAUAUCACACCUUGGUCCUGCUUUCGUCGGGGAACAUGAUCCACAAUUUUCGCGGUCCUUGACGUCAUACCACCGAGGGUGCCAACCCGCAACGGAUCGCAACUGCCGAUGCUCGCCCGCUAUAUGACCAGGUGCUGCUACGGCUCUUUUCCAUUGAAGGGCGUUUCUGACCGUUCAGCUCACCAAUUCAGCCCGGCAAACCCCAAUGGCAGGCCUCAUCCCCGAAAGCAUGCAGAAAGUGUCGCACGCCGUCCUCGGCCCUCGUGAGGGCGACAAGCUCAAAGACCUCGCCCACGAUACCAAGGACAUCAACCCCAACGACCGCUUGACCACAGACUAUGGCGUCAAGCAGAGCACCGCCGAUGACUGGCUGAAGGCGGGUAGUCCGCAGAAGACAGGGCCGCUCCUGCUGGAGGACCCCUUUGCUCGGGAGAGGAUAAUGAGAUUUGACCACGAGCGAAUUCCAGAGCGCGUUGUCCAUGCCCGCGGAUCGGCUGCCUUCGGAAAGUUCAAGCUCUUGGAGCCCGUCCCCGAACUCACCUUCGCGCCCAUCUUGACCGACACGUCACGGGAAACGCCCGUUGCCGUCCGCUUCUCGACCGUCUUGGGCAGCCGCGGUUCCGCUGACACUGUGCGCGACGUGCGUGGCUUUGCCGUCAAGUUCUACACGAACGAGGGCAACUGGGACAUCGUCGGUAACGACAUCCCCGUCUUCUUCAUCCAAGACGCCAUCAAGUUCCCCGACGUCAUCCAUGCCGGCAAGCCCGAGCCUCAUAACGAGGUGCCCCAGGCGCAGUCGGCGCACAACAACUUCUGGGACUUCCAGUUCAACCACACCGAGGCUACGCACAUGUUCAUGUGGACGAUGAGCGAUCGCGCCAUCCCGCGCUCCUUCCGCAUGAUGCAAGGCUUCGGUGUCAACACGUUCACGCUCAUCAACUCCAAGGGCGAGCGCCACUUUGUGAAGUUCACCUUCACCCCAGAACUCGGCGUGCACUCGCUGGUGUGGGAUGAGGCGCUCAAGCUGGCGGGACAGGACCCCGAUUUCCACCGCAAGGACCUCUGGGAGGCCAUCGCGAACGGCGUAUUCCCCAAGUGGAAGUUUGGUCUCCAGGUGAUUCCCGAGGCCGACGAGCACAAGUUUGAUUUUGACAUUCUUGAUGCCACCAAAGUGUGGCCCGAGGAUCUGAUCCCAACUCGGUACAUCGGUGAGCUCGAGCUGAACCGCAACCCGGAUGAGUUCUUCACACAGGUCGAGCAGCUUGCCUUCUGCACCAGCCAUGUCGUCCCGGGCAUCGGCUUUUCAGACGACCCCCUGCUCCAGGGCCGCAACUUCAGCUACUUCGAUACCCAGAUUUCCCGCCUGGGUAUCAAUUUCCAGGAGCUGCCCAUCAACCGGCCUGUCUGCCCUGUCAUGAACUUCAACCGUGACGGGCAGUUGCGCCACACCAUCACCCGUGGCACUGUCAACUACUGGCCAAACCGCUACGACGCUUGCCCUCCCGCAACCCAUGAAGAGGGUGCCUACGUCGAGUACGCGCAGAAGGUCGCCGGCAUCAAGGCUCGCAUCCGCAGCGACAAGUUCAAGGAGCAUUUUAGCCAGGCCCAGCUGUUUUGGAACAGCAUGUCUCCUGUCGAGAAGAACCACAUUCUCAAUGCCUUCGCCUUUGAGCUCGACCACUGCGAAGACCCCGUCGUCUGGAGCCGCAUGGUGAAGCGCCUUGCCGACAUCGAUCUGCAGCUCGCCACGAUGGUGGCCGAGAAGGUAGGCGGCGAAGUGCCCAAGGAAGGCCGCCCCAACCACGGCCGCAAGGCGCCCGGGCUCAGCCAGUUCGAAUUCCCCGGCAAGCAGACCAUCGCUGCCCGCCGCGUGGCGAUUCUCAUCGCCGACGGCUACGACCCAGUCGCCUACAAGGCCGCCUAUGCCGCCCUGUCGUCUGCUUUGGCCGUUCCGCUCGUCAUCGCGCCCUCGCGUGGCAAGAUCACUGCCGCGAAUGGCAGCUCCUCCACUCAGCCGCAUCACCACCUCGAAGGCUUCCGGUCGACUAUGGUCGACGCCAUCUUCAUCCCCGGCGGUGCCAAGUCGGUUGAAACCCUCUCCAAGAACGGCCGCGCAAUGCACUGGAUCCGCGAGGCAUUCGGCCAUCUCAAGACCAUCGGCGCCACAGGCGAUGCCGUGGAUCUCGUUAGCAAGGCGAUCGACUUGCCCACUGUGACCGUGUCCAGCUCCGGGGAUGUGCACGAGAGCUAUGGUGUUAUCACCAUGAGGGAGCUAAAACCGGAGAGUCUCAGCGAGACGGUCCAGAUUGCAAAGGAGGCCUCGGGUUUCAUGGAGAAGUUCUUCUACGGCAUCGCGCAGCACCGCUGCUGGGAUCGGGAGCUGGCGGGUUUGAAUACCCAGGUUGCCUACUAAGGUGCCGUAACCUCGGGACUGUGAUGGUGUGAAGUGGUGUGAGAGACGGGGAAAGAUUGUAUGAUGUUACGAUUUACUUAGCGUUCUUCUGUCCAUAGGUUGCCCAUGAGGCUCAAUAAUCGAUGAUUGUAUUCGGAUGGCCGAUCCGAUCUUACCCUGCAGCUACGUACAGUAACUACCUACGGUAGGUAGUACUAGUAGUUAACAUACCUCCGCACAGUUACACCGAGAUAGC